AUUGUGAUACCUUUUGUUUCCGACUAUUCCAUGAGCAAUCAUAUGCUAAUUACAGCAUGUAUUUCUACUUCGGGAUGUAUGUUGGUUUGUAGUAUAUAAUAUGAACGUAAGUACUAACCUUCCAUGACUUCCAAUAUAUCGAGAGCGCAAUAUUCUUAUCAUAUGUAUACGCAGGCGAGUUCACUGGGUUGCCCGAUACUUGGCGAAACCUGUUGGAGUCCUCGGGUAUAACAAAUGAAGAGCGUGCAGAGAACCCUCAGGCCGUCAUCGACGCCUUGGACUACUUCACAGGCAAUAAGAUCAACGAUAUGGUGGGGCCUAAAUAUAUGAUGGACGAUCAAAACGAGGAAAGCUUCGAACAGAACGCACCGCUGCCGCAGCCACACCCGCCCAAACCCGCGGCCCCUCCUGUGCACAAAAAGCCCAUACCCGUGAUUGCCCCUCGACCGGCCGAAACAAUGAAUAGAAUGACGCGGGAUCUGAGUAAUAUCGAGAUCAGAGCCAACCAAGAUAAGGUGGGUAUCGCAAAGAAGAAGCCACCUCCCCCCAAGAACAGCACAAGCACGGCCCCUAAGCAGAGGCGUAAGAAGAUGAGCGAUGAAGAGGUCAUGACUAGAAUCAGAGCCAUAGUAGAGGACGCGAACCCCAAAGAACUAUACACCAAUUUCAACAAGAUCGGACAGGGAGCGUCCGGCACCGUCUUCACGGCCGUGGAGAUCGCCACAGGCCGUGUGGUGGCCAUCAAACAGAUGAAUCUCGCAGCACAGCCCAAGAAGGAGCUGAUUGUGAACGAGAUAGUAGUCAUGCGCGAGAACAAGCAUCUCAAUGUGGUUAACUACGUGACCUCGUAUCUGAUUGAAGGGGAUUUGUGGGUGGUGAUGGAGUUCCUGGGGGGUGGGUCGCUGACAAAUGUGGUGGUCAACACCGAGAUGACUGAGGCUCAGAUUGCCGCGGUGUGUCGAGAGGUGCUGCAAGCUCUGGAGUUCUUACACCAAUCCCGCGUCAUCCACAGAGACAUUAAAUCAGAUAAUGUGCUGUUAGGACUAGAGGGUGAUGUCAAGCUGACGGAUUUCGGUUUCUGUGCACAGCUUACGAGUGACUCACAAAAACGCCAGACGAUGGUAGGUACUCCCUACUGGAUGGCGCCCGAAGUUGUGACGCGAAAAGCAUACGGUCCCAAAGUGGAUAUCUGGUCGCUUGGGAUUUUGGCCAUCGAAAUGCUUGAAGGAGAGCCUCCGUAUCUAAAUGAAAACCCUUUGAGAGCUCUGUACUUGAUUGCCACAAAUGGAACCCCUGAGAUCCAAGACCCCGACCGCCUAUCCGAUGACUUCAAAGAUUUUCUCGCGCGGGCAUUGGAGAUGGACGUGGAGAAACGAUACAGUGCCUCUCAACUUUUGGAGCUUCCAUUCCUUAAAAUGGCCGCACCCUUGUCCACCCUGAAGCCCCUGAUCCAAUACUCUAUCCAACAAGCGGGCAUGACCCCCUGAAGUAGCUCAUGAAUGGUUGUUCGACUAUACCCGAAGGAGAUCCUCAGAUGGAGCACAGCGUGUGUGUGCCUGUAUCUAUGAGUACUGGUGAAAUUAUCUAUCCAUUACGCCACAUAAAUAAAGAUUAAUUGAUGC